UACUAUAAUAAUACUGUAUUAUUCCUUCAAAAUCUCAUGUUCGGUCCCAGAAUCUAACUCUGAAAAUAUGUUUAAUUAAUUAAUUAAAAUAUAAUUAGAAAAAUAGAGAGAGAGAAGGAGAUUCAGUAGAUGACACGAGUCACUCCACCACCACUAAAGCUUUUUCUUUUUUGUCUUCUAUUCGAUUCCGCUUAGAAAUUUGUUGUUGGGUUUGGUUUCGAUCGAUUCUAGAAAUUUGUUCUGCCCCAAAUCCCAGUUUAAAAGCGAAGACUUUCUCUAUCUCUCUCUCUCUCGCUCUAAAGCUAUCUUCUUGGUGCCAUUACCAGCUGGGUUUGCUUCAUAACAGUGAUUAAACAAUCUGCAAGCUUCAGAUUUCUCCUUCAGAUUGUUCGUCGGUUUCUGAGAGAGUGAGUAAACUCUGAAAUGGCCAAUCUCCGUUUGUUUUCUUAUGCUGUUAUGAUAUCUACUCAAUAAUCUUGGUAAAAUAUCUCCUCCCAUUUAUGCUUUUCAAGAAAAGAUUUGUAGAUUACUGGAUUACAUGCUAAAAAGAUAUUCAGACAGAUUACCUUCUUUGCAUGUGCCUAGAUCAACCUGCUAUAGAGAACUGAGAUUUGGUGUCCGAAUAGGUUUCUUUGUUCUCUGUUCUUGUGAAGAGAGCUCUUGAUUCUGAAGGAAACACAAGAACGGUGGCUCUGCUCGGUAAAUAGGAUUAUGGAACAUGAUUUACCGUCUUUUAAAUCAUGGAAAUCACUUGUUAAGAGAAGAAAUAACGCUCAAGAAGGGGGUAAAUCGUCAUGGAAGAUGAAACCGGUUAUGGCGCUCAUGUGUACAGUGCUUUUGAUCUUUUGGUAUAAGACCACAAAUAUCCAGUAUGAACAGACUGAGAGAGAAGAAACAGAUUAUCCAUUUGAGAUGGCAAAGGAAUCUGAACCGGUCAGUGAAAAGUUGAAAGGCUUACCAUUUGGUAUCAUACAGCCUAGAUCAGAUUUGGAGUUAAAGCCACUUUGGUCAAGUAGUAGUUUGAGGUCAAAGGGAGGCGAAUUGACAAACCGUAACUUGUUGGCAAUUCCUGUAGGACUCAAGCAAAAGGAUAAUGUCGAUGCUAUUGUAAAGAAGUUUCUUCCGGCGAAUUUCACUGUUAUUCUAUUUCAUUAUGACGGAAACAUGGAUCGAUGGUGGGAUCUUGAGUGGAGCUCAAAAGCCAUACACAUUGUUGCACAUAACCAGACAAAAUGGUGGUUUGCGAAACGGUUUCUUCAUCCGGAUAUCGUCUCCAUUUACGAUUAUGUUUUCCUUUGGGACGAAGAUCUUGGAGUGGAGAAUUUCAACCCACAAAAAUACCUGAGGAUAGUGAAAUCAGCAGGACUCGAGAUAUCUCAACCGGCGUUGCAUCCAAACUCAACCGAAGUUCACCAUCGGAUUACAGUCCGGUCUAGAACGAAAAUAUUUCAUAGACGAGUUUAUGAUAGUAGAGGCAAUAUGAAGUGCUCAAAUGCUAGUGAAGGGCCUCCAUGCACCGGGUUUGUUGAAGGAAUGGCUCCAGUGUUUUCAAGAUCUGCCUGGUUCUGCACUUGGAAUCUAAUACAAAAUGAUCUGGUUCAUGGGUGGGGAAUGGAUAUGAAGCUUGGGUACUGUGCUCAGGGUGACCGUAGCAAGAAAGUUGGCAUUGUCGAUAGUGAAUAUAUCUUCCAUCAAGGCAUUCAAACUCUAGGUGGAAGUGGUUAUCCGGAGAAGAAGAACUCAGCUCGCAGCGUAGUCAAUAGGAGACGUGGUUCUGCGACUUUUGAUUCAAGAACAGAGAUAAGGAGGCAAUCAACAUGGGAGCUUCAAACUUUUAAAGAAAGAUGGAACCGAGCGGUUGCGGAAGACAAGAACUGGGUCGACCGGUCUUCGUCGACUCGGAACCGGAUUGGCAAUAACCGGAGAUUAAAACGGAGUAGUGUGAUUUCAAGUUUAUUGCAGAGGAAAGCUGAAGAGACUACUACUACAACAUAAACACAUACAGUUUUAAUCAGAUUAAAUAUAGAAAAGAAAAAAAAAAGUUUUUGUUAUUGUCAUAUAUAAGUUAAUAUAGUUAAUCAUCCUUUCUCUUUAAUUAGUGUAGUUUUUAUAAUGGUUUUUAGAUGUUCGGUCUCUCUUCAUCGAAUCAACUUGUUUCAGCAUAUAAAGUUUUUGAAAGAAAGCAUGGGUUCAUAUUAAA